ACCUGCAUUACCCUCAAUAUCAAUCGCAAGCUUUACAGUAUCAUAUCCAUGUCUACCAUGGAUCCCGCUAGUAUUAUUGGCACCACAUCCGCGGCUAUUACUUUUAUUGAAACGAUUGCCAAGAUAGUUUCAAUUGCUCGAAAAGUGCACGAUAACACGACUGGUGAACUCGACGAACACAAACGGCUGAGAGAUGUUGCUUCCGCGUUGGAGCCUGGCAUCGCCACUUUGAUAGAGAAGCGCAAAAGCCAGACUCUACUUUCCCCUAAGGAGGAAAGCUUGUUGCAAGUUGCCGAGCAGUGUUAAGAUGUUAGCAAACGAAUUUUCCAUCUCUUGGACAGAUAUUAAACCGGGCCAAUAUCUUAAAUUGGCCACGAAUUACCAUUAUCGGCGAAAAGAUCACUAGUCGCUUAUCUACUAAGAAGACUAUGAAGGUCACG